GUUGUCUGUCUGGUUGAAGUGUGAAGCAGUAUCAUCACCACCAAAGUGAACUGCAGAUAACCCCAUGACGUGGCAGACACAGUAUGGAAAGCGUAUAUAAAAUUCACAGAGCCCUGCGUGUAUCUGGUGGUGGUCUGAGCCGCUGAUAAGGCUUUGCGGGGCUAUCUGACUUCAGUCUAGAUGAAGGAUGAGCUUCUCAGACAUAGACGUUGUCCAUCCUGCUGAUGCUCCCUCGUCUCAUCGUAAACUCUUGUGCACCCUCUGGUGCUUGCUAGUCUCCCAAACUUCUUUGUGUAGCCUGCUUUGCAGAUUGUCUUCCUUGUCUGUGUGGUUGCUCAUUAUUCAGAGACAGACGGAUCUCAGGUCAUCUGCAGCUGCAGCAAAGGAGAAGCAGGAAAGAUGGCGAUCAUCCAUUAGACCGACCGGGCGCACGCAUGAAAUACGAGGACAACUUUUGGGAGGAUCGCUUGAGGAGAAGAUUGUACCAGUUUCCCUGAUUUUCCAGGGAGUGCUCCCCUUUUUUAGUGAUGGAGGUAUUGCAGUGUGAUGGCUGUGACUUCCGUGCCGAGUCAUAUGAUGACUUGAAGACCCACAUUCAGGAAGUGCACACUGUUUUCCUCCAGCCUGCAGAUGCAGAUGAGUCUGACUCUCUGAAAGAUGAGGAGGAAGAGGAGGAGGAAGAGGAGGAAUAUGAGGAUAAGCUUGACAAGGAUUAUGCGCCUUCUAAAGCUGGAAUAAGCCCCAACUCUACUGACAAUUCCAGCCAAACAUCACAAAAGCAGACAGCUGAAACCCAUCUGCCGUUUUACCAGUGCAAGUUCUGUGUCCGUUACUUCAGAUCGAAAUCAUUCUUAAGAAACCACACCAAAAAAGUGCAUAAUGUUAUAGAGGAGGAUUCAGAUGCAAGUAUCUCCUCACAGACAGCUAAGCAGCCCAGCUACACCGUUAUAAUGCACAAUGACCAUUCAAAAGUGUAUUCCUGUCAGUAUUGCACAUACAAGUCUCCACGCAAAGCAAGGAUAGUCAAACACCAACUAAUGUAUCAUAACAAAGUUCCCAUAGAGUGUGCUGAUCCUUCCACAGAGGCUGGAGAUGAAUCUGACUCAGCCGGUGGACUCAUGAAGGGAACAUUUGCCUGUGAAUGGUGUGACUAUCAGACUGACCAGAAGGACAGCUGGACUAAUCACGUGGUGAAAGAACACAGCGACAAGGUCAAGAUAGUUUCCUGCAUUGCGGAACUGGAAGGGGAGGCAAGUGCAAGCUCACCCAAACCAGAUUCUCCCUCUGCUUCUCAAAGUCCAACUAGUUUAAAGAUGAGUUUAACUGGAAAUGAAGAGUCAGCAGGAAUAACAGCAGAAAACACAUCGGAAAAACCACUCCCUGAGAUCUCAUCCUUUGAAUAUGCACAGAUGAGUGCAGUAACACCAAACAGCACAGGUUCCUCGAUUUUGUCCAAGAGGUUUGCUUCAACUGAUGUCUCCAACAGUGUCAUAGAGAUGGAUGCCAACUUACUCAAUGAGGAAGACUCUAGGAGCAGCUUAGAAGAUGACGAUGACGACGAAGAGCUGGGUGACAUGGAUGAUCCCAGCUAUACUGGGACUCUGUCAGCAGAUGCAAAGCAGCUUUUAACUGAUGAUGAUAAUAAAUUACUGGAGACUAAAGGAAUACCAUUCAGAAAGUACAUGAACCGAUUUCAGUGCCCUUUCUGCUCCUUCCUCACCAUGCACAGGCGGAGCAUCUCCCGCCAUAUUGAAAACAUUCACCUUUCUGGUAAAACCACAGUGUAUAAAUGUGAUGAAUGCCCGUUUAUUUGCACCAGCCCUCUUAAACUCGGCACGCACAAACAGAGCCACAAUUCCACAGAUUUAGAGACCAUGGACCUAACAAGUGAUAGCCCAGAUCCUCAGAAUGACAGUGCUGCAGAGCCAGUUAAUGGAGGUAAUGUAAGUUCCAAAGUCAAUGGAAAAAAGAUAACCAGCACACCGAAUGACCAGCAGAAUCCUCAUCGCUGCACCCUCUGCAGCUUCUCUACCACCACUCUGAAAGGUCUGAGGGUUCACCAGCAGCAUAAGCAUUCCUACUGUGAUGACCUAGAUGCAACUGUCUUUGAAAGCCAGCUGACUGACCAGCCAGACUCUGAAGUGGACGCUUCUCCAAUCUUUCUACAAAAAACCCAGACCUCCAUUUUAGGACUUGCCACCAAAAAGCCCUUAGUAACAGGGAAAAGAGCCAGGAAGUCCAUUAAUGACUUACCUUUGGAUUUGUCCUCAGUUAAGAAGAGAACUAGAAUUGAUGAAAUUGCCAGUAACCUUCAAAGUAAGAUAAGCCAAAGCCAACAGGACAUGAUCAUAAACCUAGAUGACAUGGAUGAUGAAGAUGCAGGAGAAAACCAUGCCACUGCUGAUAAAGAGGAUAAAGACCAUGACAAUAAAAACCCUGUCUUCACCUAUAACACUCAACAUCAUCAUGCAAGAGAAUCAAUGAUCUCUCAAGAGGGAGGCAGGAUAGGAAAAAGAAAAAGCAACCCUAAGUCAAAACCUAGAAACAUUCCUAUAUCCCUGACCCUCUCAGAUGAUAGCGAAAACAUCUCUGUUGACCCAAGUGACAGUACUAUCCAAGAGAACGCUGAUUAUUCAGAGGAACCAGGAACUACACGUUUCUACUGCAAGCACUGUGAUUACCACAACAAAUCAGCUCGUAGCGUCAGCACCCACUACCAGAGGAUGCACCCUUACAUCAAGUUCAGCUUUAAGUACAUUUUAGACCCAGAGGACCAGAGUGCAGUCUUUCGCUGCUUAGAGUGCUACAUUGAAUACACAAAUUACAACGAUCUACACCAACACUACAUGGAUCACCACCCCGAAGCAAGUAAUGUGCUCAACUUCAACCAACCAAAUCUGGUAUACAUGUGUCGCUUUUGUUCGUACACAAGCCCCAAUGUCAGGAGCCUCAUGCCCCAUUACCAAAGAAUGCAUCCUACAGUGAAAAUUAACAAUGCUAUGAUCUUCUCCAGCUAUGUAGUGGAGCAGUCCCACAAGACAGGUGAAUCACAAACCCUGAGGGAAAUAUUAAAUUCUGGCCCCAAAAAUUUUAACUCAGCUACAUCAACCCCCAGGUCAUCCUCCAGCCCAGUGUUGAAAACAGUCUCCAAGACCCCUGAAGCCACUCCUGAGACAGACCCUCUGAAAGAAUCUGUGGGUGGCAAUGUUGUUGUCUAUGAUUGUGAUGUGUGCUCUUUUGCCAGUCCCAACAUGCACUCUGUUCUAGUCCACUAUCAGAAGAAACACCCAGAGCAAAAGGCGUCUUACUUCCGUAUACAGAAAACCAUGAAAGUCAUCUCAGUGGAUCAGUCACAGUCUGUUGGAAACUCUUCAUAUAAUCUCAGCAUGUCUACACCUCCGAAACAACCAAGCGCAGCACUGUAUGGAUCAGAUGAAGAGAUGUACUACUGUAAACACUGCGUGUACAGCAACAGAUCUGUUGUUGGGGUAUUGGUCCAUUAUCAGAAGAGACACCCAGAAGUAAAAGUGACAGCAAAAUACAUCAAACAUGGUGCCCCCACCCCUGGUCUGAUGAAAUUAAUGGAUGAAUUGCAAAUUGCAACUCCCAAACAUUUUCUGAAGCAGUUUCAAAACAACGGUCACGAUGGAGCUAACAACUCAAGUCCUAAACCAGGCAGUGGUGAGAAAGGUGAGGAUGAGCUGUUCUUUUGUCAGCACUGUGAUUAUGGCAACCGCACUGUAAAAGGAGUGCUUAUUCAUUACCAGAAAAAGCAUAGGGAAACCAAGGCCAAUGCAGACCUUGUACGUCGCCACACUGCCGUUGUCCGGAGUCAGCGUGAGCGUGCACAGAUGGUUCAGUCGAGCAGUGUAUCUUCUGCCAUGACUCCAGCCCCUCCAGACUCUGAAAACGCUACAUUGCUGCGUUCCCUUAAGUGCAGACACUGUUCCUACACAUCUCCUUAUGUCUAUGCCCUAAAGAAGCAUCUGAAGAAAGAGCACCCCACUGUGAAAGCCACAGCCAUGACCAUUUUACACUGGGCUUACCAAGAUGGCAUUCUGGAGGCUGGCUACCACUGUGAGUGGUGCAUUUACUCCCACGCUGAACCCCAAGGCCUGCUGCUUCAUUACCAAAGACGCCAUCCUGAGCAUAAUGUUGAUUACACCUACAUGGCCAGCAAGCUAUGGGCUGGUCCAGAGACCACCCAACAAGGGGGAAAUAUGGAAGCUAAACAUUAUAAAUGCAAAGACUGUGCCUUUGAGGCCUGUACAAUAUGGGACAUCACUAGUCACUAUCAGGCAGUCCACCCAUGGGCCAUUAAAGGGGAUGAAUCUGUGCUUUUGGAUAUCAUCAAAGGAAAUGGCUCAGCUGAAAAUAUACACCAGCAGGUUGUCAAAGAACAUGUGUCUUUGGAUUGCCAGCCUAUUGAAGAUGAUGGAGCAUUGGUCAUUGCUACCCCACCUCAAGAAAGCAAUCCCCAUCCUUUGCAUCCACGUCUUUCCAUCUCUAACAAUCCUUAUCAGUGUACUGUAUGUCUGUCAGAGUACAACAGUCUCCAUGGCCUCCUAACCCACUAUGGAAAGAAACACCCAGGCAUGAAAGUAAAAGCUGCAGAUUUUGCACAGGAGGCAGACAUCAAUCCCAGUUCGGUGUAUAAAUGUCGUCACUGUCCUUAUGUCAAUUCCCGGAUCCAUGGUGUCCUAACUCACUAUCAGAAAAGACACCCAUUAGUGAAAGUCACUGCAGAAGACUUUGCAGAUGAUAUAGAGCAAAUUGCUGACUUAAAUGAAGGAGAUGACAAGUGCAAAACCCAAAGGCAGGGCUAUGGCGCUUACAGAUGCAAAAUGUGCCCGUACACACAUGGGACACUGGAGAAACUCAAAAUCCAUUAUGAGAAAUAUCACAAUCAGUCAGCCUCUGAUAUGUUCGCUCCCUCUAUGUGUUUCUCUCCCAGUAAAGAAACAGAGCCAGUAGCUGAAUGCAGUGCUAGUAAUAUAUCAAGUGCAGCAAAAGUCCAGGAGGUCAGUGAAUUGGACCUUGCCCUCUCUCAGUUACCCAUCAAUAAGACUGAGAAACAUGCUAUAUUCAAGUGUCAGCUCUGCAAAUACUUUUGCUCCACCAGGAAAGGCAUCGCUCGACACUAUCGUAUCAAGCACAACAAUGUCCGUGCUCAGCCAGAGGGUAAAAACAAUGUUUUCAAAUGCGCUCUGUGCUCGUACACAAACCCUAUACGCAAAGGCCUGGCAGCACACUACCAGAAACGGCAUGAUAUCGAUGCCUAUUACACCCAUUGUCUGGCUGCUUCCAAGACCAUGACUGAAAAGCCUAACAAAGUGGUGGCAACCCCACCAUCAGAAGGGGAGAAUUCAGAAAUGAGUGAGGACUUGCGUUUAGCUGUGGAGAGACGAAGGUGUUCUCUUUGUGCCUUCCAGGCCUUCAGCAGAAAGAGCAUUGUCUCACACUAUAUUAAACGCCACCCAGGUGUCUUCCCCAAAAAGCAGCAUGCUAGCAAGCUUGGUCGCUACUUCACUGUUAUCUAUGCCAAAGAACCUGAGAAGACUGCUGUCAGUGCAGCGGCAGAGGAAGACAAGGAAAUGCUGGAGGUUCCGCUUGAACCUGAGCAGGACAGCGAGGUUGAUUGGCUGCCAUUCAAGUGUCUAAAAUGCUUCCGGAUGUCCUUCAGCACAAGUGAGCUGCUCUCUUUGCACUACAACGACCACCAUAGCAUUGACUUGAAGAGAGACUUUGUGGUAUCACCCGGUCCCGGCGAUGAAGACUCUGAGUUGUACCAGUGUUCUCACUGUGAGCUGAAGUUCUUGGCUCUCCCAAUUCUCGCUAAGCAUCUAUUGAACCACAAUGAGGAGUUUCAGAAGAGGGCCAUGAGACAGGAGAGGAGGAGGCAGCUUCUCAGCAAACAGAAGACCACAGAACUACCUGAGAUCAAACCUGAGAAGGAAAGCCCUGUAAAUAAAACACCUAUAGGAUUCAGGUGUAACUUCUGCAUAGAGGUGCACCCAACCCUCAGAGCCAUCUGCAACCACCUUCGGAAACAUGUUCAGUAUGGAGAGGUCAAAGAGGGACAUAUCAAGCAAGAGGUCAGCGAGGUUCCCCUGACACUGCCUUCAGAGAGCCUAACUAAUGGCGACCUGGAAGAGGAUGAAGCAGCUGAAGCGGAUGAUCUCGAGAGACCCGCAUCCGCAAUGAUGGGUCCACAACACCUUUCCACAGUGUCUGGUGGUGUUGCUGUUGCUGCAGAGACACUGGAGCCAGAAACGAAUGUCGUGGAAGGAAGGGCGGCGGCCCUAGUGGCUGCAGCAAGGGCUGUGGUGUCAGAGGAGCAACUUAAGCAGCGAUUAACUGCAGGGGGACACCCAUGUGCCCAGUGCGACCGAGUCUUUAUGUCCAUGCAGGGACUGAGGUCCCAUGAGAGGAGCCACUCAGCCAUGGCACUGUUCAGCAGAGAAGACAAAUACAGCUGCCAGUACUGCCAGUUCGUCUCACCCUUCAGACACAAUCUGGACAGACAUGUGCAGUCUCACCACGGGCACCACAAGCCCUUCAAGUGCAAACUCUGCCCCUUUAAAUCUGCCUACGUGAGUCGCUUGAAGAGCCACCUGCACAAGGCACACACAGGUGAACAGCACAUGUACAAGUGCUUGUCGUGCCCCUUCUCCUCCAUGACCAUCAGCCAGCUGAAGGAGCAUUCUCUGAGAGACCAUGGUGAGGCCCUGACCCUCCACAAACUUCGGGCUGCUACCCAGGCUGCUCAUGCCACCCUCAGGCCCUCCCGGCUGUCCAGUAACACAGAGCAGACUCCUUUGGCUCCAGAUGAUCCAUCAUACCUGGAGCCAGCGGAUGUUCGUCAGCAGCUUAGUCAUUACCAGCUGGCCUCCCGCAGUCAAAUGUCUUCCAGCUCAACACCUGGUGGCUCAACAGUGGCUGACAAUCGACCAGACGGCAUCCUCACUUGUGAGUUCUGCGAGUUCAGCUCUGGAUACAUGCAGAGCCUGCGUCGGCACUACAGGGACCGCCACGGUGGCAAGAAGCUCUUCAAGUGCAAAGACUGUGCCUUUUUCACCUGCUACAAGAAUACUUUCACCAUGCAUGUGGAAGCCGGUCACAACAACAAUGCACCUGACGACCUCCCUAAAGACCUACGCUGCCCUCUCUGCCUCUAUCACACCAAACACAAGAGCAAUAUGAUUGACCACAUUGUCCUGCACAGAGAGGAGCGUGUGGGGCCACUGGAGGUCAGCCGCUCCAAGCUGUCACGCCACCUUCAGGGCCUGGUAUUCCGUUGCCACAAAUGCACCUUCACAUGCUCCAGCGACCAGGCGUUGCAGCUGCACCUGCAGAAGCACGAUGAGAUCAAACCAUACCAGUGCCAGCUCUGUUAUUAUGACAGCAGUCGACGGAGCCAGCUAGAGGAGCAUCUACGCCUUGAGCACAAGGUUAUCCGGAACUUUGAGCUGAUGGGCCGGGUCAACCUUGACCAGCUGGAGAUGAUAAAGGAACAACAAGGGAGCAGCGCAGAAGAGGAAGAAGACAGAGAGCUUGUGGAGAUGGUCGAAGGUGCAAAGGUAGCUGCUGCAGAGGAGGAGGAAGAGGAGGACGAUGACGACGUAGGAAUGGAAAUGAUGGAAGACAUGGCGGAGGAACGGAGAGAGAUGGAUGAUGAAGAGAUGGAGGACAACAUCAAAGAGGAAGAGGAGGAGGAAGAAGAGGAAGAAGAUGAAGAGGAAGUCAAGGAGGUGGAGGAAGAGAGGCCCGCCCUACAAGAGGUCCUUGCAUCUCCCACCAGCAGCACCAGCAGCACCUCUGGGCCGAGCGGUGUAGAGAAGCGUCUCCCGUGCGAGUUCUGUGGCCGCUGCUUCACCAACAGCCUCGAGUGGGAACGACAUGUCCUGCGUCACGGCAUGACGGUUAACAACAGCCGAAUGGACACCAGCACCACCUCCGCAAUGGAGGCCUCAGCUUCAUCUUCCACUGGUUCCUCUGUCCUGAUAGACUUGUCCAGCAACAGAAAGGAGGAGGACGCUGAUCUAUCACUGAGAAGUCAAAGCCAGUAUGUGGAAGACAAAGAAAUGCUUGACACCAAAAAGGAUCAACAGUUUGGUUGAACUGAUUGUGGCCUCUUGGGAUAUUGAUAAAGUUGGGUAGGAUCAGCACUGAGUUGGAUCUUAAAAUAGGACGUCAAAGGAAGCGUAAAGAUUGAAUAAAAAGUGACUUCUUAUGAGUUGGCACAUUACUAGAUUUUAGGUGUUACAUAUUUAAGUAUUAGGUUGUGCUGCAUAAAACGGCUGAGCUCUUUAAAUGGGCAGUCCCCUAGGACAGAUCUUAAUAUAUUGGUAACCAAUAGUGAACAGAACUCUUUAUUGCUGACAUUCUGGUCAAAUCUACAGUGAAAGAUCCCACCUAGAUAAAAACGAAGCUAUUUAUAAAGAAUGUUGUCCAAAAUGAUAAACUAAAUUUAGCGUUUUAUUAUUUGAAGCACCUUUUACACACACACACACACACACACACACACAUCCCACCCACUCCCACUCAUCUAAAACAGGGUUACUGUAAAUUGACCUAAAAGGAACAAACAAGAUAUGAAAGCAUUUACAAGCGUGUGGCCCACUGUAGAGCUACCUUUUCUUGUUUCUUGUUGAAAUCUGAGAUUCUUUUUCAUCGUAGCCUUGUGUUAAAUGUGUAGAAGUAUUCCUUGAGCAAGAGUCGCACCUUAUCUUUUUUAGUGGAAAUCACAAAUAAUGUUUUCUUCAAUUUCCCCCCUCCCCCCCAAUGGUUGUAGCAAAUUGCUAUAUUUUAGGUCCCUUAAUAUUAUACUAAGUAUAAGCCUUCAGCCUGUGGCACCCUUCACAUUUUGACUGUACUACUUUAUCGUCCAGUUGUGUCACUGAUGUGAUGAAAUCGUGGAAAUAAUGGGAUUAGUUUUAAUCUCCCCUCCCCCUGCAGGAUAUGAUGUUGUUUGUACUCCAGGUUAAACCAUGUCACAGUUAACCUAUGCACUCUGCAGAUCAUUAUAACAACAGAGAUGUGUUUAAUGUGUCAUGACUGUAUGAUAUAGGUACUGUAUCCGUUAAAAUGAGCAUAGCAAGAGUAAGCCUGGAACAUAACUACAGGUUUUAACCUCGGUGGCGUAAUAUCAUCAUAAUCCACAGACAGAGAUUACACUUGUCUUUUUAGUGCAAAAUUUAUGAUUGGCUGUGCCAGAAUCCAGCUCUGUCACAUACUGAAGGUGCACCCACAAAUGAUAAAUAAAUAACAUAUUACCGAUGUGUCAUACCACCAUGACCAGGUCGCCCCUGGUUGUGGUCUGGCAGACUGGAUUACACUGUGUACAAACCAAGUGUCAACCACCAAGGCUGAGUGUUGAAGCCAGUGCCUAAGUGCCUUAAAAUUCAGUUCCUCUAAUAGCCGUUAUAAAUAGCUUUAAUUGCUUUUUAAAAAAACAACUUUUAACUGGUUUGAAGUAACCAGAAAAUCACCAAACUUCUCCCUUAAAAUCUAAAGUUUUUUCAACAAGAAAUAUAUGGCUUCAAUUGAUAAUUUCACUCAUUCUAAUGUGUGCCUUAGUGGCAAUUUGGAGUCUUGUUUAAUUAAGAUCAGAUAAAAUGAAAUCAGAUUUGACUUAAAUGUAAUUGCGUUGUAAAUACCAGUACAAAGUAAUGUGGUUUAGCAUCUAAUCAGUUGUACAAAGAGGAUGUUGCGGCUUACAGUGGGUUAGUUCAACCAGAUAACCUUAUAUACUGUAUAGUAUAUGGUAUUUGGCAAUAGCUUUGGUUUAUUUGCCAAAGUUAUGAGACAUCUGUCUCCAGGAUUUCUGCUGAUCCAAUGGAAAUGAAUGGAAUUUCAUUUGUUAUACUCACAGCAUUGAAAGAUUUUAAAAAUUUCAGCAGUUUUCAUCAGAACUCUUUCCUACAAAAUAAAUAGUUCCUAUGAAAACUGUUGACAGUGUGUUCUGUGUUGUACUCUAUUAUCUGGAGUGAACAGCGAUGCUGUUUAUAGAAAGAAAUGCUGCUAGUGUGUGUGUGUGUGUUUUUUUUAAGUGUGGUUUUUAAUACUUUGAGCACCACAAAUGAAAUUCCAUGAAACAGGUAUGUUUGGAGCCAUGUGUGGUUGAUUGACAGAUGUCUCUGCCUUUCACAGUUAGCCCUGGUGAUUACCUUAACUCCAUCCAGGUUCCUCCACAUCACCUAAAUUUGUAUUUUUAGGCUCCAUAUGACUGACAGCCUGGCAUCAAGGAUUAAACUCAAAUCUAGUGCUUCAAAACGUCCCUUAAGAAACUCAUGGCUGAUGCCACAGUUUUUCUACAGUCUAUGAUCCAGUUUUGACGGGAUGGGAUACACUAAGAAGACAAGUGUAACCAGGUCAGAAAGCCCUAAAACCAGUUAUUUCCAUGCAUAUAUUGCCACUGGGACUAUAUGUUAAAGAUUGACUUUUUAAAGCUGUUAAAUCCCCCUUUUAAAUUCUCAUCCUGUGUUGACACAGCCUGCAUUUGUGUGCUUCUUUUUAGACAAAGUUGUCACAUUGUUGUUGAUACUCACAAAAGGCAGAGAUUGUAUUUGUUGGAAGUUGCUGCUUGAAUGCCCUGAAGCCUUAUAAGAUUAAUAAAUAGCAAUUAAAUCAAAUUUAUGUACAAUUCUGAUAAGACCAAUAAGCAACGUUAAACUGUCAGAAAUAAAAUCACUGAUAACUACAAUGUCAAAUUAGAAGAGGAGCACAAUUGACAUAAUUGUGUUCUUGGUACCAAAAUAUUUACCAAGCCUGCUGUGUUUGCUGCUGUGAUUGUCCUUCCUGAGCAUUGAACCAUUGAUGGAAAAUGGAAAAUCUGGGUUUGGACCAUAGAACUUUGGAUGUAGAGUUCUAUGGGUGCAACCCAGGUGAACUACAUGUUUGCAGCCAUGUAUAGAAAACAAACCUACUCGUUAAGUGUUUGAUCUGUGGUGUUUCGGAAAGGAUACUUUAACCUUUUUUUUCCUUUAGGUGUUCUCAUUUUUAAAUAAAAAAAGACGAGAAAAAAAAAAAAGAAAUCUAAAGAUGAUAGCUAACCCUUAGGGGCUUUUUGAGUCCCCAAUCCAACAUUAUUACACUGUUGUACAAUGUCUGGUUACAAUGAAAAAUAUCUCCUUUUUGUACUGUAAUGGGAAUGAGCAAAUAGGAAGAGCAGUGUGGUUGUACAUUAUUUAAACACGUGAAGGAAAAUGAUGCAGUUCUUUAUUAAUUAACAGCCAGGGCUUUUAUUGUGAAGGAGAAAAACAUGGCAGAGUAAGAGACAAAAUUUGUUCCUUUGGGGGCAUUUACCUAAACUGCUUGGAUAUGGGUUCCCAGUCAGCCUGUAGAUCCCUCUGAGAUCUAGCUCACUUAUGUCCAAUCCGACAUCUGACACUCCAGUAUCUCCUAUCCGUGACCAGUAAGGGCAUCAGCUCACUGCCCGUAGUCUACCCAGCCAACAAUAGGUGGGAAUGUAGCAGCCCCACUAUGCUCCUCAGUGCUUGUAAUACCUGAAAAACUGUUUGAGUUGGUGCUGAAUCUCAAAGCCCUGUUUCUUUUUUUCAGGAUCAGCCUGUAGCUUUUUGAAAGUAAGACAGUUUGAAAACUGUUGUUGUAGAAAUAAGCUUUGUAAGGCAGCUUGUUGCCCAGCUUGAAAGCCCAGUGUAAACUAGACAAACUGGGAUGAUCUGGGUUAAUGAAACUGUCAACCCAAAAUUGUUUGUUGUUCUGUGAUCAUUUGAAUAGAAAAUGACUAUGAAUCCCUCACUGUGUGCAGUCACUCGACUGUAAUAUUCCCAGUUUACCCAAAGUUACACCCCUGCUGACAACACACUGGAUACUUGUAUAUAUGUUUAGUUUGUUUCCAAUGCAUUUCUCUUUUCAGACUGUUGUCUCCAUAGUUUGACACUAGAAUCUCUCCUUCUUGCCUUUCUUCCCAUAUAAAUCUGAUUACCUGAUGGUGGGUUGUGAUGUUGCCUAGAAUGAUUGUUUACAAUUUUAUUCCAUUUAUCUCUGGAUAUUCUGUAAAUAUUGUAAUUCAUUGUCUUUUUUUAACUUGAUAAUAAAGUUAUCAGAUAACGGUUAAU